AUGUCUAAUUUUUGUCGUCUUAUGUCACGUACUACAUCGAAUGUAUUUUAUGUUUCUCGUAUGAAUGCACAUAAUUUACCGCCUGGUUCAUCUGUUAAAGCACCUGAAGCUAAAAGUGGACAACAUGUUGUAUCUGGCUCUGGUCAAUUUAUUGCUACAGAUGGUUCAUCUGCAUCAACAAAAACAGGUAUUGGAGGUGGUAGUAGUGCUAGUAUGUUGCCAGGUGCUCAAAAAGCACACGAUAAAACAAAUCCUACAAAAACAACAGGAGAUGCGAAACAAUCACAUGGAUCAACUGGUGGAUCAGAUAAAGCACAUCAAUCCAUUUUGAAAAGUCCCGUUGGUCAAUUUGGUAUUGCAGCAGUUGCGCUCGUGUCACUUUAUGGAGCUUAUAAAAUGUUACUUGGCAAUUCACCUGAUCAAAAAGCAAACUUUCGAGAUAAACAAGCACGUAUAACAAGACCAGAUCUUCAAUCUGAAUCUGAUGUUCAUGCUAAAUUAGCUGUAGACAAUAAUCCAAAAAAGCCUCAUGAAACACUUAAUCCAUCAACAAAUACGAAAGCACAUUGA